GUUAAUGGCUCCUCCUGCUUCAGACUGAGACGGAGCUGGCAACGAUCUGCUGUACGGGGGGAGCUGUAACACCGCGGAGGAAAAAAGCGAUUACACCCCAAAUACCAGCGGGUUUUGAUCGCAGUUGUUUGGGUGUUUUUUGGGAAAAAGGUCCUUCGGUUGGUAGAUUGGGUCGAGUACUAAAUUUAGGAGCGGGCGGUUGCGGGCAGCAGUCUAUUUUUCAACAACCAACUCCCCAGAUGAACUCCGUCAGAGCCACCAACAGGAGACCCAGGCGAGUGUCGAGGCCGCGCCCGGUGCAACCCGAACGGAACAACGGAGAGAGAGAUGAGGAGGCUCCUGCAGCUGCUGCAGCAGAGAUGGCCAUUGAGGAGUCCGGACCAGGAGCUCAGAACAGUCCCUACCAGCUUCGACGCAAAACCCUGCUUCCUAAAAGAACCGCUGCUGCCUCUGCCACCGCCUCUGCCUGCCCCAGCAAGAGCCCAAUGGAGGGAACGUCCACUUCAUCAACAGAGGCCUUUGGCCAUCGAGCCAAGCGGGCACGAGUGUCCGGUAAGAGCCACGACCUGCCAGCAGCCCCAGCAGAGCAAUAUCUGCAGCAGAAGCUUCCAGAUGAGGUAGUUUUGAAGAUUUUCUCCUACUUGUUGGAACAGGAUCUCUGUCAGGCAGCUUGUGUCUGCAAGAGGUUCAGCCAGCUCGCCAAUGACCCCAUCCUAUGGAAGCGUCUGUAUAUGGAGGUCUUUGAGUACACACGUCCCAUGAUGCACCCUGAGCCUGGAAGGUUCUACCAGGUCAACCCUGAGGAGCAUGAACACCCAAACCCAUGGAAGGAGAGCUUCCAACAGCUGUACAAAGGUGCCCAUGUAAAACCAGGCUUUGCAGAACAUUUCUACAGUAACCCUGGCAGAUACAAAGGCAGAGAGAACAUGUUGUACUAUGACACCAUUGAAGAUGCACUGGGUGGGGUCCAAGAGGCCCACUUUGAUGGUCUAAUCUUUGUUCACUCUGGCAUCUACACAGAUGAGUGGAUUUAUAUAGAGUCCCCCAUUACCAUGAUUGGUGCAGCUCCUGGUAAAGUAGCUGACAAGGUUGUUAUAGAGAAUACCAGAGACUCAACAUUUGUCUUCAUGGAGGGGUCAGAAGAUGCCUAUGUGGGAUACAUGACCAUAAAGUUUAACCCUGAUGAUAAGUCAGCGCAGCACCAUAAUGCCCACCACUGUCUGGAGAUCACAGUCAACUGCAGCCCAAACAUCGACCACUGCAUCAUACGUUCCACAUGCACAGUGGGUUCAGCUGUCUGUGUGAGUGGCCAGGGAGCAUGUCCAACUAUCAAACACUGCAACAUCAGCGACUGUGAGAACGUAGGCCUGUACAUUACAGACCAUGCACAGGGCAUUUAUGAAGACAAUGAAAUCAGCAACAACGCGCUAGCUGGAAUUUGGGUGAAAAACCACGGCAAUCCCAUCAUAAGACGUAAUCACAUUCACCAUGGACGAGAUGUUGGAGUGUUCACCUUCGACCACGGCAUGGGUUACUUUGAGAACUGUAACAUCCAUAGAAACCGCAUAGCAGGCUUUGAGGUGAAGGCCUACGCUAACCCCACAGUGGUGCGCUGUGAGAUCCAUCACGGCCAAACAGGAGGCAUCUAUGUCCACGAGAAGGGGCGGGGACAGUUUAUAGAAAACAAAAUCUACGCUAAUAACUUUGCCGGUGUGUGGAUCACAUCCAACAGUGACCCGACGAUACGGGGUAACGCUAUAUUCAACGGUAACCAAGGAGGGGUGUACAUAUUUGGAGAUGGGCGGGGUUUGAUAGAGAGCAACGAUAUCUAUGGUAACGCCUUGGCGGGAAUUCAGAUCCGAACCAACAGCUGCCCCAUUGUACGGCACAACAAGAUCCACGAUGGACAGCAUGGAGGCAUCUAUGUGCAUGAGAAAGGUCAGGGUGUGAUCGAGGAGAAUGAGGUUUACAGCAACACACUGGCUGGAGUGUGGGUGACCACUGGCAGCACUCCUGUCCUCCGCAAGAACCGCAUCCAUAGUGGAAAACAGGUCGGUGUAUAUUUCUAUGACAAUGGUCAUGGUGUGUUGGAAGACAACGACAUCUACAAUCACAUGUACUCUGGUGUGCAAAUAAGGACGGGGAGUAAUCCAAAAAUCAGGCGCAACAAGAUCUGGGGAGGCCAGAAUGGGGGAAUUUUAGUCUACAACUCAGGUCUGGGCUUCAUCGAGGACAACGAGAUCUUUGACAAUGCCAUGGCUGGAGUGUGGAUCAAGACAGACAGCAACCCCACGCUGAGGAGAAAUAAGAUUCACGAUGGCAGAGAUGGGGGCAUAUGCAUUUUCAACGGCGGCAGAGGUCUCCUGGAAGAGAACGACAUCUUCAGGAACGCUCAAGCCGGUGUUCUGAUUAGCACCAACAGCCAUCCAAUACUCCGCAAAAAUCGCAUAUUUGAUGGCUUCGCUGCUGGUAUUGAAAUCACCAACCAUGCCACAGCAACUCUGGAGGGAAACCAGAUCUUCAACAAUCGCUUUGGAGGUCUGUUCCUGGCCUCCGGAGUCAACGUCACCAUGAAAGAUAAUAAGAUUCUCAAUAACCAAGAUGCUAUUGAGAAGGCAGUGAGCAGAGGACAGUGUCUCUACAAGAUCUCCAGCUACACCAGUUACCCCAUGCACGACUUCUACAGAUGUCACACCUGUAAUACAACAGAUAGGAACGCCAUCUGUGUGAACUGCAUCAAAAAAUGCCACCAGGGGCAUGAUGUAGAGUUUAUACGGCACGAUAGGUUUUUUUGCGACUGUGGAGCAGGAACACUGUCCAACCCGUGCACGCUGGCCGGAGAGCCCACACAUGACACGGACACUCUGUAUGAUUCAGCGCCGCCCAUUGAGUCCAACACGCUGCAACAUAAUUGAAAGGAUCCUGUCCGAGUUACUCUCCAAUUAAAAAAAAAAAACAACAAAAAAAACAACAAAAAAAACAAAAAAAAACACAUAACAUUGCACACAGCCAGACACACACACUUAAACACAGUCACGUACACACGUCCACUUGCAGCCAUAAGAACCCAGAGAGACUCUGACUGCUGCGCUCUCAGAUGGGAUUGAGGUGGAAAGAGGCUGCAGAGGAAGCAGCUUCCAGCCCUCUGCACUCUGACUGGCUGCAGCAGAGGGCAGACUCCACUAGAGGGAGCAGUGGAGCUGAGGGUAGACCCGACAGAAUGGCCACAAGAGAUUCCUCGUCUGAGUAUUUCUUAUUGUAGUCUGUAGGCAGAGAGAAGACAGGAGAAGGGCUAUGCAGAGGGGCUGUCGAAGGCAGCAUGUGAAGAUCAGACCCCAGUAUGAAAACUCAGCUCCCAGCUCAUUUCUCCUUCAAGAACUGCUGUCAAAGAGACUUGAUGCUUCCUCGCAGCUGUCACCCCCAUUGGCUGCCUAGCGGUUGUAACUAGGCAACGGAUGGGAGGAUGUUGCUCUGUUGUGUGUGGAGAAAAAGAAUGAGUGUGUGUGUGUGUGUGCGCGUGUGACGGAGCACUUGGGCUUUUUUUAUUUUUAAGAAAAAAAAAUAUGUUCUGAUCAAUGGAUUUUAUUUCAAUGCUUUCUCAUGUAGUUUUGUAUUUUCAAGCAAAAAAGCUGACUGUAUUUGAAUGUCUUUUAUUUUAUUAUAUAUUAUUAUUAUAAUUAUUAUAUUUUUUCCCCCCUUUGGUUAGCGUCCCUCCCCCUCUCCCAAACACACAGGCAGACUGCAGACACUCAAACGUACCAGUGGUGAAGUUCUUUCUGUGAAAGAGAAUCUCGUUUAAACACUACAAACCCUCUCCAGUACAUUAGCUUAAAUGGCAGGUGGAGGGACUCCACACUUGUAUAAAGGUGUGUAUGCGUGUGUGUAAAUGUAUGUUGUGUAUAGUGAAUGUGAGUGCGUGCGUCGAUGCAGUGCUUUGUGGAGAGGGUUCCAAUAGGAGGCGUCAGAGCUCCUUUUUUAACUGGAACCGUGAGUCAAUCUGCAGUUCCCCAAUGUCCCACCACCCGACCUCCCCUCCCCCUGUGUAUCGUGGUGACUGUGGCUCCUCAUGCAGCCUGAAUCGUAUGCAUGUACCAUAACAUCUAGACUUAAUAUAUUGUGAAGUAUUCAAUAACCAUUAUGUAGAUGCUAGUUGGAAUUCAAAAAGGGUAUACUUUCUUAGAAAGACAAAAAAAAAGAAAACAGGAAACUGGCCAUUUCUAAGAAAAUAAAACUUUAUUAGAUCAGAGGUGUUUUCUGUCUUGUAAUAUCAAACCCACUCCCUGCAUUUCCCAAUAAAGGCCCGGUCAUGUUCAACAUAA